GCGCUUACUAGCCGAGCUAAACGUUAAGGUUCUCUAGUCUCAAUGUGACUAAAGUUAGCUAGUAUUUUGCGGUUCAACAUAAUGUUAAAAGAUGCUAGGCGAAUCUUUAAAGGGAGAGAAUGUGGUUAACCAAAAAGUUUUGGUUUAUGUGAGUGAUGAAGCGUUUAGUAGUGCACUUCAACCUGUCAAUUGUCCUUUAGAGUACUCGAAUGGUCAUAGCAACACUAGCGGGUGCAGUGCUAGCAGUUAUGUCAGCGAAGAGGAUUCUUUAGGGACCUCUUUGCCUCUAUGUGAAGGAACCCAUCUUUCUACGCCCGGCUUAGAUAAAGAGAGGAGAAGAAGAAAAAGCACACCUGAACGCCAUAGGAGUACUCUUCGGCGACCCGUUUGUAACAAUGCUACCACUCCUACUUACUCCAGCUAUACCCUUAAACGCUCUUCAACAUAUAAACGCUCCUCUCCAUGUUCCAGGCACGAUUCUUCCAAGAAGAUCAAAGAUUAUUAUAGAGACCAUCAGCCAUCUUUUAAUUCUGAACAGGAGAAUUUUCAGCCCAUCCUGAAUAACAUUCUUCCAAAUCAAGAGCUGCCAGCAACCCCAGCGCCCACUUAUCGGUUUGAGUUUCCAACGACAACGGCAUCUGCUUCGAGCUCCAAAGGGGACUGCCAUCUACUAAGCAACAGCAAAGAUAAUCUGCACUCUUCGACAUCUACCAGGAGGCGUAAGAGCACAGUUAAGGCCAGCUGCCAGACCGACACCUCUUUUCGGAUGCUGGAUAACCAGGAAAGUUUAAAAGACCAACAGAUCAAGGCGUUGGACGGACGUAUUAAGCUGAUAAGUCAAGAAAACGAACUUUUGAAACAGCAGAAUGACACUUCUAUAAAAAGCCAGGAAAGUCUAAAACGCUCUCUGGCUUUAUUGAAAAAGUUCGUCUACAAUUUCAUUGUGGAGGAUGCUAAAAAGAGGCGGAGAGUAGCCCGCUAUAAAUGCGACGAAAACUGCGUAAAGCUCGUUUCCUUAAUCUACCGGCGCGAAGGGCACGCCCUCGUCGAACAUUGGCAAAACGGGUCCUCCUUUAGAGAGCUGUAUGUAAAGGAAGAGCGCUUGAAAACGCGAAAAGAAGAAAUAGAGAAACUACGUAAAAACCUGAACAAAAGAAGACCAGUGAAAAAAGGAGUCUCCUUAUCUCUUGAAGAAGAUACGUCGAGCGAAGGAGUUUUCUCUAAACCGCAGUCUCUCUCGCCAUUAUCUUUGGAAGAAUACAAUCAACUCGAUGAAGUACUAAAGUUGCGGGUGUUGCAGCAUAAAAAAAAAGAGGCGGAUUUAUACUCUGAAUUUGAGAAACUCGAGAAACUUAGAAACCUGCACAUACGCGAAUACAAACGAAUACAAGACGAAGAGCGGUCCUUUUACAACAACUUUCCGAUAUUGAACGGCCGCUACGUUCUUCUCGAACUGCUCGGAAGAGGUGGCUUCAGCGAGGUAAUGAAGGGCUUUGACCUCGAAGAAUCCCGGUACGUCGCUUGUAAAAUUCACUCGCUUAACAAUCAGUGGUCGGAAGAAAGGAAGGAGAACUAUAUUAAGCAUGCCUGUAGGGAAUAUAAUAUCCACAAGGCUUUAGAUCACACAAAGGUGGUCCGUCUCAUAGACGUCUUCGAAAUCCAUCACGAUUCUUUUUGUACCGUGCUUGAAUAUUGCGAGGGCCACGACUUAGACUUUUACCUAAAGCAAAAGAAAAUUCUUUCUGAGAGGGAAGCCAAGUCUAUAGUUGUUCAGCUUUUUGAUGCACUUCGUUAUUUGAAUGAGCUCGUUCCCCCAGUGAUUCAUUAUGACCUAAAACCUGCAAACAUUAUGUACCACAAGAAACUGGUUAAAAUAACAGACUUUGGGCUGUCAAAAGUAAUGGAGACGACAUCCACCUCCGUUACGGAAAUGGAGCUCACGUCUCAGGGGACAGGGACUUACUGGUAUUUACCGCCGGAAACCUUUCAAAGUGGCCCUUCGCCCCCCACAAUUUCUUCAAAAGUCGACGUUUGGUCGGUCGGCAUCAUAUUUUACCAAUGUUUGUACGGAAAACGGCCCUUUGGGGAUGGCCUUUCCCAGCAGUCCAUAUUGCAGCAACAGACAAUACUGAACGCCAAGGAGGUAACGUUUCCUCCGAAGCCCUUCGUCACACAGGAAACAAAAGACUUUAUUAAACAGUGUCUAGCGUAUAAUAAGGAAGAACGAUUAGAUGUGCUUUCGACCUGUAAGCUGCCUUACCUCUUCUCUUGCAAAACAGGGAAAUAACCGAACGUGGCGUUUUUAAGCUUUUUCAAGCGUACGGAAAAUUUAAAACACU